AUCAGCGUCACUCACCGGAAGUGGUAUUGGUUUGUAGCUGGAAGCAGGCAACCCAAGCGACUUUACCGAUCCAUUUUUCAUCUCCGUUUGGAUAUUUUUACCGGCAGCAAACUGAUCAACCUUGCCCACAAAUAUGCCCACGGACACUCUGAAUCUAGAGUCUCAGCUUUUGUCCAUCAUGGACGUCCUGGUGAAAGCGGCGGUGUUGGAAAUCAGCCAGCUCUUCUCCGAGAGCUCGUCGUCCCUGCGGCUCCACCUCAGCCAGAGCCUGAGGGACAACGAGAACCUGAGGAUGCGGAUGAAGGUGAUGAGGGGCGAGCUCUUCUCCCUCCGCCUGCAGACCAGGGCUAACCGACCGGCAAGUCGUUUUUCUACAUUCCGAGCAAAUACACCCAAAGCCCGAAGCAAAACUCCAGUGGUCUUAAAGCCCCCCGUCGCCCAGGAGAGUCCUUCCACCUCUGUGCACCUGCAGGCCGAGACCUCCCCGCCCAAUGCUGAGUGUGCAGUUGAAGAGAGUCCGGAUAUCAUCCUGAUCAAAGAUGAAGAUGAUGCUGGAGGAUGCCAGCCCAGUCAAAGCCAGGACGACUGCACGCAAACACAGAACAUGGAGUCUGGAGGCACUUCCUGUCAGACAGGAACUAACGAGGAGCUGAGAAUCGUGAGCGUUCACGGACGAGGACAGGGGCCCCUUCAGGAUGAGCUUGAAGCUCUUUUUGCUGCGGCCGAUCAGCAGGUUUUCAGCACUCAGGACCUCGCAGUCACUCAUGAGGGUUUCUUGAGUGGCCCCCCCGGAGCCGCAAUGAGAGGCAUGCAGGAUGAAAGUGUUGGCGCGGCGAGAAGCGGCCAAUUGGACAAGGUUGCGAACACGGGACAUCCCAGUCACGCCGGCCUCUUCCCGCCCAAGCCCGGCCCCGCUUCGCAGUCCCACGCCGUCAGCAAAUCCCUGGACUGCAACUUCUGCGGCAAGGUCUUCCCCAGCCGCGAGGACAUGAUCGUGCACCGCGCCGCUCACACGGGGGAGUCGCCCGUCUCCUGCGCCAUGUGCGGCAAGUCCUUCGCCAACAAGACCACGCUGGGCAUCCACAUGCGCAUCCACACGGGAGAGAAGCCGUACGCCUGCUCCCUGUGCGGGAAGCGCUUCACGCAGAACGGCAGCCUGAAGAUCCACCUGAGGACGCACUCCGGGGAGAAGCCCUACUCCUGCUCUCAGUGCUCGGCGAGCUUCAAUAACCCCAGCAACCUGCGCCGACACAUGAUCACACACAGCUCGAAUGGGGUCAUCUGACCGGGACCUGAACUGUCAAAUAGUGGUCCAAAAUAUUAUUUCACGAGCGAAAAGGCCCGUAUUAUAAUAUUUCUCAAUACAGCAAGUCUCGCCAUGGUGUUGUACGAAGUGUCUUGGCCUCCAUGCCGCCAUUUUGACACUUUCAGAGUGUUUAUAGUAAGCCAGACUGUUUUUCCACAUCUGGAACUGUGAUGCUAACGAGCUAACUGUCCUCGCUUAACACUGUAUUAUCUAUUCAUCCACUUUUUAUAUCUCUACACUGUAUUGCUGCACCGGCCAAUAUGCCGCAUCAGAUGCAGCAACGUUGCAUUCAGGGGUCGGACAGGACACAAACGUUAGCACCAUUAGCGUAGCUAUGUGAGCUACAGUUACAGUUAGCAUGUUCGCCGACGGAAAACAACAUGAUCAAAUAGUUUUUAGUUAGCGGACUGGCUUGUAGUCGGCAGAGCUCACAGCUUUAUUUUAAGAUGUGUAGAGAAGCCUACUUUUUUUUUUUUUUUUUGGUCCCAAAUCUGUUUUUUCGGUUCUAAAAAAAAAGGCUAGUGGCGGGUCAGAGGCGUUCUCUUGUGUACACAGCGGGCGGUUAAUACUACACAGCCUCAAGUAGUUUGCGUACUUCCUCAAAUAGCGGCCAUUCCACGUGUCUCUUUGGACACAACUUAGCUCUGUUGCUACCCAAAACAGCCGCACCCGUAGAGCGAGCAGUCACUUACAGAUGUAUUAUACUGCGUCUUAUAUAUACUACACGCUUGCUUCAUAGGACGAGAAAGGUUCUCGCCUUCUGUGGGAACUGUUUUCCGGCCGGUGGCGGUUAUUACACUCUUGUGUCGUUGUGGUUAGUCACGUUUAUUUGCAUUUCUUCACCAUUUUGAUUUUGUUCAAACCCCAAUUUCACUUGACACUGCAUUUUAAACAAGCAGGUAUAUUUUAUAUUAUUGUCAAAUAAAUAUUUGACAGUAUAAGUAUUUAAUCUGCAGCGGAGUAAAUACGCCACUUCCAGUCACUAUAUGAGGAAAUAUGGUUAGGGUUUUAUUUCAACAUGAACAUGCAUCAUAUUACAAUUGAGCGCAUCACAUAAAUAUGCUAGUUUAUUGCUUGUUUUAUAACGGAGAGAUGUCCUUGUACUUAGAAUCCUAUUUCUCCCUGAGGAUCCAUGGUAUGAUAAAAAAAAGUAUUGGAUGUGAAAUGAAAUUGGUUAUUAAAUGCAAGGUCAGAGAUGUGAUGAGGUUAUUAUAUAAUUAGUUGGACUUUAUGUAGUACGCUGUCGAGCCGGUAGAUUUUAGCUUUUCUUUCAUUUUCUCUUAAGUUUUUGCAGAAUUUGAAACUGAAAGGAAAUUUUAGUUGAAUGAUUCGGCAUUAGGGCUUGGCUUCAUAUGGAUUUCUAUGGAUUCAUAUGGUUUUCUAUGGAUUCAUAUGGUUUUCUAUGGAGUCAUAUGGUUUUCUAUGGUUUCAGUGUUCCACCUACCUCCAUUGUUGUUGACGUCUUGACUUUUUGUACUUCUAAUACAACUUUCUGCCACUUUGUUGUCUUACUGUGAAUAAAUACCGUUUUUACAACCCUCCCCCACUUUAUAUCUGUCCUUGUAGUCCUUGGUUCUUUCCGUUUGCACCUCUAGAGUGCAGCCUUGUGAUACUGUAUGGCUGGGGGUAGCCACCAUUAAAGG